AUGUCUUAUCCGCCAUCCGGGAGCACCGCCUUGUCCGCCCCGGGCAAGGUCCUUCUUACCGGUGGUUACCUCGUUUUAGACCGCAAUUACACGGGGACAGUGAUCGCACUCGAUGCUAGGAUCCACGUUAUCGUUCAACAAUUGAAAAGAGGCCAUCGACGUGGUGCAUCAUUCAGCUCAGUGAAGGGGGGUCCCGAUACGGAGACAGUCGAGGACGGAAGUGCUGUGGACGACAAGGAAAAAGAAGACGUCGUGGUUGUACGCUCGCCGCAAUUUGUCAAUGCAAUUUGGGAGUACGGUAUACAGCGUUGUGAGAAUGGAGGUGGAAUCAAAGUGAUUCAAAGGAACGACGGGCGUUCCAAUCCGUUCGUCGAAACUUCCCUCAACUACGCUCUCACCUAUAUCAGCUAUGUGGCCGACUCGAAGGACUUUGGGUCCCUCUCCGUGACCAUCCUGGCCGACACUGAUUACUACUCUGAGACUGCCUUCUCUAGGGUUUCUGAGUCCCCUGGAAGAUUCGUGAACUUCGGUGUUCCUCUUCACGAGGCCCACAAGACAGGACUAGGUUCCUCUGCGGCUCUAGUAACUGCCCUAGUAUCAUCCCUCGUUAUUCACCGUACCCUGCAGCCUGACGACCUUGGAGCUUCUCGUGACAAGCUUCAUAACUUGGCACAGGCUGCCCACUGUGCUGCUCAAGGUAAAGUGGGAUCCGGGUUUGAUGUGGCUGCUGCUAUCUACGGCUCUUGCCUAUAUCGCCGAUUCUCCCCAAGCAUUUUGGAAUCCGUCGGCGACGCCGGUUCACCUGGGUUUGAAGAGCGGCUGUUUGCAGUCGUGGAGGACGCCGACCCUAAGCAUCCGUGGGAUACAGAGUGCUUGGAUUUCGGCAUGCGACUUCCUCGAGGCAUGCAGAUGGUCCUGUGCGAUGUUGAGUGCGGCUCAAAUUCCCCUUCGAUGGUCAAGAAAGUGCUCGAAUGGCGAAAACAAAACCAGCAGGAAGCCGAUCUUCUUUGGGCUGCCCUCCAGUCAAACAAUGAAAGGCUCUGUCUUCAGCUCAAGCAGCUAGCCCAGAGCCCUGACCAAGAAUCGCCCGAAGAUUUCAAUGAUGUCCGCAACCUCAUCCAGCGCUCACGCAAUCACCUUCGCAGCAUGACCCGCAAGGCGGGAGUCCCCAUUGAGCCGCGGGUACAGACAGAACUGCUUGAUGCCGUGUCAGCCGUUGACGGAGUGAUUGGUGGUGUGGUUCCUGGUGCGGGAGGGUAUGAUGCGAUUGCUGUCUUGAUCCGCGAUGACCAGGAGGUGCUUAAAAAGUUAACUGAGCUCUUUAAGAACUGGGAAAGUAAGGUGGAGGACGAUUUCGGUGGCAAGAUCGGAACUGUCCGGCUCCUCGGUGUGCGUCACGGCUCAGAUGGAGUCAAAAAUGAGGUUCUCGACCAAUAUGCCGGUUGGCUUUAA